AGUCAUCAUCAUACAGUCUAAUAUUAGGUUAAAUUAAAACAAACUAAAAUGUGUAUUUUUUAAAACUGUCAAAAAAAAGUCAGAAUUUUACAUGUCUUUUUUUUAUUAUUUUAUCUUCAUCUUCUGCAUUUUAAUAUUUGUGGCCAAAAGUAGAGCGAAGUUUUUUUUUCUUUCUUUCUUUCUUUCUUUCUUUUUUUACUUUGAGUUGAACAAAUUGGAGGCGAUAUAAACUGUGUUUGUGCAUUUAUGAUGUACAAGCAAUAUUUACACAACUAUUAUCAAACACUAAGGGUAACCAAAAGCCCGUCUUCUUGUGUGUGCCUCUGUGCGUUAGCAUGCAGGGUCAUGGGCGGAAAUAUUCCGGCUGCUGCUUCUUUUCCAGCGUGAGCGGCAACUCCCAGAAUAGCGCGUCGUUUCUGGAAGCCGAGGGACAGGAAAAAAAUGGCUGAAACUGUUCCACCAGUAACCCGACAAAUAACCAGGGAGAGCUGGAAAACUGAAAACUCAUCUGUAGAUAUUCAUUUGAAAGACUCGGAAGACUGUUUAAUCUACGACCGACACGGAGCCUCCGUCCCGUUCAAGUCCUUAUACCAAGACAGGAAAACCAUCAUUGUUUUCGUUCGGAACUUCUUAUGCUACAGCUGCAAGGAGUAUGUAGAAGAUUUAAGUAAAAUACCCAAAGAAGCCCUGGAGGAUGCUGGAGUUAAACUGGUUGUGAUUGGUCAGUCUUCCCAUCACCACAUAGAGCCGUUCUGUUUGCUGACUGGGUAUUCUUAUGAAAUGUAUGUAGAUCCAGAAAGGUGCAUUUAUCAAAAGCUGGGAAUGACGCGAGAAGAGACCUUCACAGAGUCUGCAAACCCCAGCCCCCAUGUGAAGUCCGGUUUGUUAAUGGGACAACUGAAGAGCAUAUGGAGGGCAAUGACCAGCCCUGCUUUUGACUUUCAGGGUGACAUGUAUCAGCAAGGGGGCGCUCUCAUUGUAGGACCAGGUUCCCAAGUUCAUUUUUGUCAUUUGGAUAUGAACCGCUUGGAUCACAUUCCCAUCAACUGGCUCCUUCAGCUUGCAGAAGUAGAACAAACUGUGGACUUCAGCAAUAAGUCCAAAAUCCUCCACGUUUAGCCCACUGGAACUCUCAGAUUCUCUCAGGCUCGUAUUGACUCAUGACUUCACAAGUUUGAACAAAACCUCGUAGCUAUUAUAUCCUCAGAGUGACACUGAUCCACAGAGCUCUGGUGAUAUGAGGAAUGUUGGUGAAAAUCGAUAACAGUUUGCAGUCCUCGGUCCUAUUUAUCAUUCUAGUCAGUCUUGGGAAGUGUUGAAACUUACCCAUGGUCAUUGUCCAACUUCAAUGUAUGUACAAAAAAUUUCCCUGUGUCAACGUAGCACAAUAUAUGACCAGGACUAGAGCAGCAGUCCCACCAGACCCUUUCUCAUUCUGUUGUAUAGGUCAUGCUGUAUUUACUACCUUCAGUGAUUCUGAAUGUUCUAAAUAAUCUUCUAGAAAGCCAUGUAACCAGUGGUAUUGUCACAAACACACAGACAGCUGGUUCCACGUCCAGCAGGUUUAAUAACACAGCCAAGAUUACAGGUACAGCUAAAGGUCCACAAAGUUAAAGCAGGGUCAACAUGCAGAGAUCAAACAUGAGCAUGGGAGUAUUAGAGAUCAAAUUAGAGUAGUCAGAGUCCAGGAGAGGGUCGGUGACAGGCAAUCAGAGUAAAAGACAAAGCGGGAUCAGGUGAACAGAAGAUCAGAUCAGGAUAUUAUGGUAUGUAUGCGAGCUGAAUGGCACAAACAAUACUUUGCACUGAGCGAGGCUCUGUGUGCUGCUUGCUUAAGACACAGGUUGGUGGUUGAGCUGCCGAGAGAUGUAGUAAGUUAAUAAAUAUGAAAAUCAUCAAACAAUUCAAAAACAAAAAACUACAGACUGUUACAGAAGUAAUAUGAUGGUGAUAAAAAAAAAGGUAUCCCGCUAACCUACUCUGCCAAUUUUCAAAAAUAUGUGAAAAAGUAUUCUUCACAAGGCUGGAAUUUUUUUUUUUUUUUUUGAGAAACAUAAAGUAAUGUCCGUUGAUCAACAUAGCUUCCGGAAAAAAAGAUCAGCAUCUAUGACUUUUGACAAUAUCGAUUAUAUCAUCGUCGUAACCAAACUGCAAAGAUAUAGGAUAUGAGGACUGGCAUUUCAUUGGUUAAAAAGUUACAUUAAAAACAGGCACUGGUUUGUACAACUGGAAAAUUGCGAAUCAUCCCUGCUAAAUUUAAGCUGCGGAGUACCACAAGAGUCAAUAUUGGGUCCAAAACUGUUGUAUAUAUAAUUGACACAAACAUGUCGUCAAAUAUGUUUUAUACACUGAUGACACUGCAAGUAUAAUAUAUACAGGGGAGAAGAAAAAGAAGAAAAACAUGCUUAUAUGGACAUUAAUGUUAUCAACUAAAGGUUAGAAUGGUAAACAUGAAUAGUCAUAUAUGAACAUGUGAAAAUAUAGUUAUUAAAUUUGUAAUGAUUGUAUAUUGAUGAUGAAGAUUAUUACGAUUGCUAAAUUAUAAUUAUUGCAUUAUUUUGGUUCAUAGACAUUGAGUUAGUAUAAUUAAAGUUUUUUUAAGAGGCUGGCCUCUGUUAGCUAAACUUCUGCAUGCUCCCUUUCAAAUAUGUCUUGCAUUAUCAUUAUAUGUUAAUGUCUAAAAAAUGUUAAAGUUGUUUCAUAUUGAUUGAAUUGUAAUUAUUGACAUUUUAAAAUAAAUAUAAUUUAAAAAAUAUAAUAAUAUUCUUCUGUGAAAGAAUGUAUUUUUUGGACAUUUUGCUGAAACCUCUUUUCGAGCCU